GUAUUCCUGUGGGUGGAUUCCACAACGUUCCAUCAUUCUGUCAUUUUUUAUGAUCACAAGAAAGAACCAUCCUUGCAAUUUUAUUUAGCAUGUUCUCUGGGUACAUCAAAGGGUUGUCAUAUUAGACAUUUACACCUUUCAUUACACUUCUUUGUUUCUAGCUGAUCCAUCCCUAGAUGAUAAGGAUAUUUCAUCUUCUACUUGAUCUCCUUUCACAUUUUAUGAGGAGACUUACUCUCUAUUGUUUCGAGCGUCUGACAGUGGCCACGUUCAUAGAUAUAAUAUGUUAGUGAUCAGGUGAAAUUAGUAUCACAAGUGAUCAAUUUCUACAAUUAUAGCGUCAAAUAAAGAUAGAAAGUCAUUUUUGUAAAUAUCAUUCAUAAGUAGUCUAGUUGCUGUGUUGCUUGUUUUGGUCUUUUGGGAGUUGUCAUCACUGAUCAGUAGUGUCUCUAGAUGAAGAAAGAAAUUAGACAUAUACAUCUGAAAACAUUAGCCGUUUAUUUUCUGAUACUUGUAUGUGGCAUAGGGCUUGGGGCUACAUUAAUCUUUUGCCUUUAUAGUAUACCCUUAAACUCAAAACCGAAGCAAUUCUUCUCACUCGAAGUACCGUCUAACAAUUUUAUAGAACAACCACGACUCUAUCCUAUCAAUCCGGAAGUGACAAAGAAGAAAGAGAGCACCACCUCCCACACAAACAUUGUGGCCACUAAUACAAGCAGCAAGAGUGUUAAAGAAGAACCAAAAGUUGUAUCGGAAACACCACGACCAGCUGCAUCAAGCGCGUUUUUACACAGCAUGACAGACGAAGAGUUGUUUUGGAGAGCGUCAAUGGUCCCUAGAAUACAUAAGCCUCCAUUCAAGAAGAUACCAAAGGUUGCUUUCAUGUUCUUAGUAAGAGGAAGGUUACCAUUGUCUCCCCUUUGGGAAAGGUUUUUUAGAGGUUAUAAAGGAUUUUACUCUAUAUAUGUGCAUACCCAACCAUACUUUAUUGGUGAAGUGGCUCCAGAACCUAUGUUUCAAGGUAGAAGAAUUCCAAGUGAGGUUGUUACGUGGGGAGAAAUAAGUAUGGUAGAAGCCGAACGGCGCCUUCUAGCAAGUGCAUUACUCGAUUUCUCAAAUGAAAGAUUUGUCCUUCUUUCUGAGGCAUGCAUUCCUCUUUACAACUUCUCAACCAUUUACGCUUAUCUCAUCAACUCCAGAAAGACUUUUGUUGAGUGCUAUGACCAAGAAGGCCCAGUCGGGCGUGGACGAUAUGACCAUAACAUGGAACCUGUUGUAACACUACAACAAUGGCGAAAAGGGUCCCAGUGGUUUGAAGUGGACCGUCACCUAGCCCUAGAGGUCAUCUGCGACAAGAAAUAUUACCCAUUGUUUCGAGACUAUUGCAAGCCUGCUUGUUAUUCAGAUGAACAUUACAUCCCGACGUUGUUGAAUAUCGAAUACCCGCUCGUAAAUUCAGAUCGAACGUUGACCUAUGUUGACUGGUCUAGAGGUGGACCUCAUCCGUACAAGUUUGGAAAGUGGGAGGUCACAGCUGAUUUAUUGAAACGAAUGCAGAAUGGAACCGAGUGUAUGUACAAUGGAGAACCCACAAGGGUGUGCUUCUUGUUUGCUAGGAAGUUUAUACCAAGUUCUUUGUUUAGGUUAUUAGAGCUUGCUCCUGAGGUAAUGCAUUUUUGAAGUUAACAUGUAAAACCUUAUAUUUCAACCAAGCGACAUGUGUUUACUUUUACUUUGUUUUUGUGGGUA